AUGGAGUAUGCCCUCAACAUCUGUGAGGCUGAAUCCCAGCUGUGCACCAACUCACCAGCUAUGCACCCUGCGUUAAUCUCCCAGCCCUCAGCCCCCAGCCCUCUGCCCCCAGCACUCAGCCCUCUGCCCCCAGCUCCCAGCCCUCUGCCCCCAGCUCCCAGCCCUCAGACCCCAGUCACCAGCGCUCAGCCCGAGCCCCCAGCCCUCAGCCACCAUCCACUAGCCACCAUCCACCAGUCCCCAGCCCUCAGCCCUCAGUCACCAGUGCUCAGCCCCGAGCCACCAGCCCUCAGCCCCGAGCCCCCAGCCCUCAGCCACCAUGCACCGGCCCCCAACCACCAUCCAAAAGCUCCCAGCCCUAAGCCCCCAGCCCUCAGCCCUCACUCCCAGCCCUCAGACCCCAGCCCUCAGCCCCCAGCCACCAUCCAAAAGCUCCCAGCCCUCAGCCCCCAGCCCCCCAGCCCUCAGCCCUCUGCCCCCAGCUCCCAGCCCUCAGACCCCAGCCCUCUGCCCCCAGCUCCCAGCCCUCAGACCCCAGCCCUCAGCCCCCAGCCACCAUCCACCGGCCCCCAGCCACCAUCCAAAAGCUCCCAGCCCUCAGCCCCAAGCCCCCAGCCUUCAGCCCUCAGCUCCCAGCCCUCAGCCCCCAGCCCUCAGCCCUCUGCCCCCAGCUCCCAGCCCUCAGACCCCAGCCCUCAGCCCCCAGCCACCAUCCACCGUGCAGAACUAAAUGGAGAUUAA